UGUGAGGAGGUUGUUCAAUUGGAUUCCCUUCCCUUCCUGGAGAGACUGAUGAAAUCAACUCUUCUGUAUAGAUUUGAGGACUCGAAGACACUGAAGAUACUGAGAGAAAUUUUCUCCUUAUUGUCUAGAGGGAAGUACUCAUAUGCACCAUACAUCCAACUCUUAAUAUGUCACUCUCAGUUUACACCAACUAUCAGUUCUCUCUCCAUGUCACCCUCACACACUGGUGAAUUAUUCAGGCCUGUUUCCAGCAUCCUUAAACAUCUUAUCAUCUCAAGUCCGAAUUCUGUUGGGAGUUAAAAGUUCUCGUUUUGAAGCACCUUACUAUGCGAGGCAGUUAGAAAUUGUCAAACUUCUCAGAGUGCUGCUCUCCAAAUGUGGAAAAGAUUCAGGCAUCAAUCUCAAAGAACUGCACUUUCUUCUUUUGUGUUCUUAUGGUGCAACUCUGAGCGAAAUCGACUUGGAGAUCUACAAGCUGAUGCAUGAUAUCAAGUUGGUUGAUGUCGAACACACGCUGAAUGUUUCUGAAACAGAUUGUUUGUGGGGUAAAGCUGCCUUGAAAAUAAGAGAGGCACUGCGUUUAUCUCAGGACGCAUCUGAUGUUGGUGAAGCUGAAUUAUUGGAAGAUGUCCGCCAGAGUCUUUUCAAAGAGAAUCUUUGUGUUGAUCCCAAAAUAUGUGCUCGAACUGUUUUGUUUUUUCCUUAUCAACGAACUACAGAGGUAUCGGAUAAUUUACACCUAUAUGAUUAUCCAAUAAAUGAGAAAUGUUCACCUGGUAUGGAGGACAUUGAACGCUAUGAUCCGGUUUUCAUCUUGCGCUUCUCGAUAGACACAUUGUCUAUUGGAUACAUUGAACCUGUAGAAUUCGCCAGCUUAGGCUUGCUUGCAGUUGCAUUUGUGAGCAUGUCUUCAGCAGAUCUUGGGAUGAGAAAAUUGGGCUAUGAAACUCUUGAAAUAUAUCUGGAUGCCCUUGAGAGUUGUAGGAAAAACAAGCAUGUAACAGGGCUUAGGCUUCUGCUGAUGUAUGUACAAAAUGGAGUUGAGGAACCAUGGCAAAGAAUCCCAACUGUUUCUGCUAUUUUUGCUGCUGAAGCAUCUCUGAUAUUGUUGGAUCCUUCUCACGAACAUUAUGUUCCCAUAAAUAAACUUUUGAAGAGCUCAUCUACACUGAAGCUGAGGGGAAUACCUUUGUUUCACGAUUUUUUCUGGAGCAGCACUGUUAACUUUAGAUCACAGAGAUUUUGGGAACUACGUCUAGUGUGUGCAGGCUUGAAAUCAGAUGAAGAUGCUCAAAUUUACAUUAGAAACUCCAUCCUCGAGACAGUGAUGAGUUUUUCUUCAUCCCCUCUUGCUGAUGAUGAAACUAAAGGACUAAUCCUUCAGGUUGUGAGGAAGUCGGUCAAAUUCCAUAAGAUGGCCCGGCAUCUAGUUGAAAACUGUGGUCUGUUUUCAUGGUGUUCAGCAUUUAUCUCAACGUUUACUACAAAGCCCACUGGAGACGAAGAUUUGCGCUUGGUAGUUAUCUUGGAGGUCAUAACUGAUGUUCUCGCCUCCAGAAACGUUACAGAGUGGUUGCAACGAUGUGGCCUUGAAGGGCUAAUGGAAAUCUCAUCGCGUUUAUACAGACUUUUAGGUGGUGGACUGGUAUCAGUACAAGAAAAUGGUACUUCAGUUGAUUUAAUUUUGCAGAUACUAUCAGCUACUCUGAAGAUUUCACAGAAACGAAAAAUGUACCAGCCACAUUUCACCAUCACAAUCGAGGGAAUAUUCCAACUCUUUGAGGGUGUUGCUAAUUCUGGUUCUCCUCAAGUCGAAGCUAGUUCAGAGCAUGGGCUCAUUACUAUACUAAUGAGCAGCCCGCCAGUUGACAUAAUUGACAUGGACGUGGACAAGUUGAGAAGGUUUCUUUUGUGGGCGACCUCCACAGCCUUAAAGAGUGACCAUAAAAGGGUAUCUAAACCUAGUGAGACUCAUCAAGAUUCUAAAAAACUCACAGAAGAACCACAAGAGGAGACUAUGGUAGCAAAGUUUCUACGCUGGCUGUUGGCUUCAGUGAUUCUUGGGAAGCUUUAUUCGAAAUCUAAUCAUUCGGACCCGACAGUCUUAAGUAAAACCAAGUCAGAAACUUUGUUGAAUUCGUUAGAAUACUUCAAGAAAAGGAAUCUCGAAGACAGCAUGAAAAAUUCAGAGCACAUAAUAGGGGAAGUAAUCGUGUAUCUCCAAAAGCAUCUUCUGUGUACAAACUACGGGGUUCUUCUUCCUUCUGUUGUAUUUGCACUUUCUCUCAUGCUUCUUCACAAUGACCUCGGGACGGAAGAUCCCAAUGACGAUUACAAGCUCAUCAAAUCUUUGUGUUCUAAAAUUAGUAGUCCUCUUGAGGCUAAUCCGGGCUGGAGAUGGUCAUAUUUUCAAGCGUGGUGGGAUCUUUCAUCAGAACAAGCCACAGAUCUGGAAAAUAUUGAUGAACUUCAUGCGUGCCAACACCUUUUGCUGAUAUUCUCUGAUAUGCUUGGAGAAACGCCAGGGGAAUCUCAACAGGUGUUGCUUCGUAAAGAUUUUGACAUCUCCCAUGUAUUAGAAUGGGAGAGAAGUUUAGUCGAGACCUAGUCAUUGACUUUGUAGGAUUGUUUUAUCCAAUUCAAUCAGUUUUGUUAUAUCAAUGACAAAAGUUGUUAUUGAUUCAUUCACAACAAUGUUCAGUUUUGUUGUAUCUAUGAGAAAUAUUAUGGA